AUGGCGACGACACGCCGAGCGAUCGGACGCGGGGUGAUGACGAGUGCGAUCGCGUGGACGGUUGGACCGAGCGCGCGCGCGAUCGGGGCGGAGAUGACGUCGGAAGAGUGGAUGAAGCGCGCGGGCGAGACGUUCGGCGACGUGAAGCUCGAGCCGUACGUGGACGUCGAGAACGGCUACGCGCUGCUCGUGCCGGAGGGAUGGGUGAAGGAUCUUCCGAACGGGAUUAGUGAGAUUGAGUUUCAUCCAUUGAGCGAGUACGGGGGGCGGCGAUUCAAGGUGCAGGUGCGACCGUACGGGAGGACGAGGUCGAAUCGAGUGGACGAGCUCGAGGACGCGGAGUACGCGAGCCCGAGGGCGUACGCGGAGAGCGUGGCGCGAAAGUACGCGCCGCUAGAGGGUGAGGGGAGCACUAAUCGCGGACAGGCGGUGAGCAAGGUGCUGAGCUCGAGGAUGAGCGACGAUGGGCGAUUUUAUUUCUUCGAGUACUCCACCGAGUCGAUGCUGCCGUUGCACUUUUGGGGCGUCAUCGCGCUGGGUCCGGGGCCAGUGGGAAGCGCUCGUAAGCUCGGUAGGAAAGAUUUGAUCGCGCUCACGUGCCAGAUGCCGGAAGAUAAGGGACCGGAGGCGGCGGCUCUAUUGGAGCAUAUCGUCACGACGUUUCGCAUCUUGGACGAUGUUUGA